UGUAACCAUAUGUUUGUCUGGGUGACAUAACAGAUUAAGACCAUGUAAAACAAUAAGUGCAAGAAACAAAGUCAGAUUACAUCAAGAGAAUGAGUUGGUUUAAACGCAGUCGAGCGAGCAACGGAUCUGCAGAACCGUCUCCGACCAAAGAGAGAAGCGACACAGAUCCGGAUACCUGCUUGGAAGUGUUCCGUAACCAUUGGCAACAGGCCUCUGUCAUAAUCAACCGUAAAAAUCAUGGAAAAGAUGGUGUUACCAGUGACGAGGUUGAAACUGUCAUCCAUAAUUUUGGACAAAUGAUAACCUUGUUAGUGCGUGAGGAGGGAGUCGAAGGAAUGCCUGGACCCAUUUUGCAUUUCUUUCUAGAAAAAGAUAUUUUAGAACUUUUUUGUUCUUGGUGUGCUAAAAGUAAUGAAUAUGCUGUCAAGUUAAAGCAUGAACAGUUACGGAUGUUUGAAAUGCUUAUUAGCCAAUCAAAACAACUUUUACUGAUACAUAAGUCUGUUAUUCGUCCUCUGUUAAAGUUGUUGUCGUCGUGUACAGAAGGAAAUUUGCAGUCGUCGGAAACAUACGACAUAGAGCACCAGUUAGUUUUAGUCUUACAUCAAGCUUGUGUUUGUAUAUCUCAACAGUUGUUAAUUUUAGAAAGUUUUUUCUGUACGAACACGGAUCAUGGGCCAACUAGGUUCCUUAUCUUCUCCCUUCUAAUACCUUACGUACAUCGAGAAGGUCCUGUUGGACAACAUGCCAGAGAUGCCUUAUUACUAAUCAUGACCUUGUCGGCCAAACAUCCACACAUAGGACAGUAUAUAGCAACAAAUUCUGACUUCUGUCCAGUGCUAGCAGCAGGUUUGAGCGGGUUGUAUUCUUCUCUGCCUCGUAAGAUACCCAAUCCGUCCGACCAUUGGUAUAUAUUAACCAACGAAGAUUGUAAUAAAAUACCAGAAUUACAAAUGUUUCUUAAUUCACUUGAGUUCUGUAAUGCAGUUGUACAGAUUGCCCAUUCAAUGGUUAAAGAACAACUAACUAAAUAUAUUUAUGACGGAUUCUUAUUACCGGUACUAGGUCCAGCACUUCAUCAGGACAUCACUGGUUUACCAAUACCCCUUCUCGAUACAACUAUGUUUGCGAAUUCUCGAGAUGAAGUUACAACUGCUACAGCAUAUUUAGAUUUAUUUUUACGCCGUCUGACGGAGCCAGCAUUAAUUCGUGUAUUUCUAGUUUUUAUUUUAACUGAUAAAUAUGAUGAAAUUGUUAUAUUAGAAUCCCUUAUAACCAGAAUCAAUUCCAGUUCAAGGCUGUCGUUGGUAUCACUAGCCUUAUUUAAAACAUUAGUUGAACUUCAUUGUGAAGAUGUUAUGUUUCAGUUAGUUUUUAAGUUUCUAAUUCCAUGUACGCAUGUCAUGGUGAGUCAAAGACGAGCUGUAAAAGAUUUGGACAUGUACAGUAAAAGUGCUGAACGUUUUUUAUCUCUAAAACCAUCGUGUUGCAUGCCGGACACAGAUAUAUCCCAUCAUACAUCGUUGGCCUCCAGCCAAUCACUGAAUGAUGGAAGAUUGGGUAAGGGACAUAACUCUCAUCCACUGACACCAUCACACAUGGUAAAGGGAGGCAACUCUCAUCCACUUACCUCACCAUCAACUAUUAAUGUUGUCAAGUCUCGUAAAAGUUUUACAAGCAUGUUUAAGCGAGAUGGUAAAGUUCGUCGUAGUUUCAGUGUUGCUGCCACACCUGUAGUAAACGGCAAUUCAACAAAUCAUAAGACUGAUGUCCGUUCUAUAUCGGAAGAGUUAAAAAGUCAAGAAACCAGUUACAUGGACUACCUAGUAGAUGCUAGAGGAAAGUUGGUUAAGAAUGCGGAAGAUUGUCGUUGUUGGUCAGCGCCAUAUAAUGGAGAAAAUCCCACCCCUGAUAGUUUAUUAGACUCAACCAAUCAGAUCAAAGAUAGAAUUGUUUCUAAUCAUUCACAAUUCACUAACAACAGUCAUUCAGUAGCAGACACUUCCAAUGAAACUCUCAAUUCCACAGCAACUAAUGGUGAAAGAAAGCCCUACCCACAAGUAAAACUUUUCGCCCAAGAAAUCGACAACAUGUUGCCAAAGUUAGAUAGUUUUAAAUACAACAGUGGCGAUAGUUUGUACUCUCAGGGAAAGUCAUGUGAUAUAAACAAGAAUGAUUCACAUAGUUUACAAGAUGGCGACUUAACUUUAAACUCGGAACAUUGCAAUAUUAGUUGUACCAAUAAAAAUGCUAGUCUUUCAGAAUUGUACUGUAGUUUAAAAAGUAAUGACUGUUUUGUGAAUUUUUUAAAUAUAAUCGACGACUCUGAUUAUCAUGAUUCUAUGGAACAAACCCUGGAAACUAUCGACUUUAUGUAUUCGUCUUUUGGAAUGUCUGCCAAUCGUGGAGCUGCUGAAUUGGGUGAAAGUUUAGCUAUAAGUGAAGAAUCAGAGAUAUCGAAAUCAAAGCCAGUUGAAGAUUUGAUAGCUAGCGCAUCAGUUUCUGGACAAAGUUUGCCCGUAUCAAAUGAACGCCCGUAUGAAAAAAUCACAACCUCUACUUUUAACCCUGGCAAUACCAGUACGCCAACUGGAACACGGUUAAAGGAUGUUUCAAGUUACGUUGAAAUAACGAUAUCUGGUGACAAUAAGCCCACCACUUCCACAACGUCUAAAAUUUUACCAGAUACAACACAACGCAAUCUGAGUCCUGUUGCCGACGUCACCUUGUCACAGAUGAAUAGAAGUAAUGACGACAUGUCGUUUAGUUUGGCACAGAGUCCAGGCGGUACUUUGUUGACCACAUCACGAUACUCUAGUGGUACGCCAAAUAUAGGUCCCUUUCUAUCCGCAUUGUUUUCUAAAUUAGAAGGAAUGAUGCAGAAUACACUGUAUACAAACCUACUAUUAACAGGAAUAUUAUCACAACUAGCAGCUUAUCCUCAACCACUAUUACGCUCUUUUUUACUUAAUCAUAAUCUUGUCUUCCAACCUACUGUUAAAUCACUAGUACAAGUUCUUUCAUCAGUGCGACAUAAAGUAGAUACUUACUCGUAUGCUGUGGGUAAUUUUAGUCAGCUGUUAGUUAAAGCUAAAAAGAAUUUAUAUAAUCGUGAAGAUGUUCUGUUAAUCAAUAAAAGUGAUCGUUCGUUCUCUAAUCCAACACCUACAGCACCCAGUCCUACCAGUAGUAAACUGAUAGAAACAACAUCUAUACCAGAUACAUUUAUUAAAGAGAAACGAAGAAUGACAUUAACAGAUUUACUUUUCCGAAAAUCUUCACCAAAGUCUGGUCGUCCUGCCAGUUUAUCAUCUGGUUCAGGUGGGAAAGGUACACAACUUCAGCGAGUACCUCUUAGAGGUGGUGUAGGUUACAGAUACAUCAACAGUAAACAUGAGGAAUCCCCAGACAGUCCUGAAGGUUCCAUCAAGACUUGGAAUGCUGUUUACUGUGCCAUUGUUUUGGAGGAAUUCCUGAAGGAGUUGGCGGCACUGGCGCAAGAGCAUGCCGUCUUACAUUUAGAUGAAAAUUGCAACAGCUAACAUUUCAGUGUAUAUAUAUAUUUAUGUAGGAAUGUGUAAACUAUUUCAGAAAUAAUUAACCUAAAUAUUUUUAUUUUUUAAUUCAGAUGGUGCUUAAGAAUAAAAUGAUCAUUAAUCCUAAAUUGUAAAUAUUAGAAUUGGAAAGAUUGUUGAUGAUUUGGACUAAUAUCUAUAACUUACAUGUACAAGAUUUUAACCAAGGAAUUAAAACUAUUUUUUCAACUUGAUGUGUUUUGUAUUAGUAACACACUCGAUGUUUUUUUAAUCCUAAUUUUUAAAUUUACUCUUUUUAUAAAGUUUUAAGCUAAAGUGAUGUUGUAUUCAGUCAAGUAGUUAUUUAGUUUAAUUUAUAUAUUACAAGCUUCUGAACCAUAUUUUUAUAUAUUUAGAUCAUGUAAUUAGGGCUCUUGUUUCAGUCAUAUUUGCCAGUUUUGACCUGACUGGCAAUGAAAUUGACAGCAAAAAUUCUUAGCUGUCAGUCAAUUUACAUGUCAUGAAAUCUGAUUUUCAAUCUUAAACCCAAUAAAUAGAGUUAAACUUUUAGUUUUUAUGUGUAAUUAAACUUAGAAAUAUAUAAAAUUAAUUGGAAUAAUAUUAAAAAUUGACAUAUGUUUUGGAAAAAUAUUUUUCUAUUCCGAGCUAAACAAAAUAAGUCAAAAUUUGAAAUGAAAGCCUUGUAGUAUUUAAAAGGGAGUGAUAACAAGCCACUCUACCCCCCACUGUCCUUUAUACCCCCAUUUGCUUAUAUCAGAAAUUUAUACUUGUGUGGUUCGAGUUACUAAUGCUAGACUCUAAACAUUGACUAUUUUAAUGGUGUGCCGUUAAAAUCGUUGGUCGUCAUUUACAUUUGUUUGAUAAUAUCUAAUUUUUCACUGCUUUAUCCAUGUUAAAAUGUUCUCAUAUUGAUAAUCAAUUAGGGCAUUUAGUAACUGGAUAGAGCAAUAAACUAUAACACAUACUUAUGGAAAACAGCUACUGUUUAUUUUGGGGGACAUGUCAAAUAGUUUUCUCUCAACGUUAUCAAGCUAAUAUUGAUUAUUUAACAUUUGAUUAAGGUAUAUUGCAUAAGCCAUUUUUCAACUGAUAUUCCUUUUAGAAAUUAAAAUUCCAGAGAUUAACAAUUCCUCAAAUGAAUGAAAUGACGAUCAGAGACUUUAAUGAUUUGUAAAGAUUCUCAAAUUGAUCUCGACAUAAUUGUACGUGACAUUUUUUCCUGCAUAAUUUUAAUGUUUAAAUAAAAAAUGUAAUUCAAUGCGAUCUAUUUAUACAUGAUUUAUACACGAAGCCUAUGAAGAGUUUUGUAUAUAUGCUUUCAAUAUAGUUGCAUAGCAAAGUGUUUGAUUUGCGGGUGCAUAGUCUUACAUGUGCUUUAUGGAAUAGGACCCUUGUCAAGAAAUCAGGUUACAUAAAUAUGAUACGGUUUAGUGAUUGGGUGAAAUGUGUUACUACAGUUGAUGAAACAGUGCUCUUGUUCAGGUCAUAUUACCUACCAGAUAUCCUAAACCUUAGUCAGUUGAUCUUAUCUGAAGGGGUAUCUAGAAACUAAGACUUAACAAGUCUGUUGAUCUUGAUUAUAGGGUUAUCCUAAACCUAGGUCUAUUGAUCUUAACUGUACAGAUAUACUAAACCUUAGUCAGUUGAUCUUAUCUGUAGGGGUAUAUAGAAACUAAGACUUAGCAAGUCUGUUGAUCUUGAUUAUUUGGGAAUCCUAAACAUCUGAAACCUUAGUCAGUUGAUCUUAACUAUAGGGGUAUCCUGAUCUUGAAUCUGUUGAUAUUAACUGUAUGGAUCUCUUGAAACUAAGUAUGUUGAUAUUAAAUGUAGGGGUAUCCUGAACCUAAGUCUGUUGAUAUUAACUGUAGAACACCUUGGGCCGUGAUAAACCUGCUUUAUUAUCAUAGUAAAUUUUAUUUCAUUAUUUGAGUAAUACUCAAUAUUAUAUUCAUAUGCAUUUAGUCAUAUUUAUAGUAUAGCAACUUGCCCUUAGUUACAAAUUCUCAUAAGUUUAUAUAUUUUUUUUUACACUGUAUACUUAGAAAUAUAUAUGAUUUAUUUAAAUGUGACUCAUAACAAAAUUAAAAACAAUUAUCGGUAAUUUGUUAAAACUAUGUUUAUUUUUAUUCAAUUCUCAACAUGUUUAAUAUCCUGGAAUGUCAAUACAAAGUAUUUAGGCAUAUGCUUAGUAAUAUACAUGUUAAUUUAUGGGUAUUCAUAUAAAACUGAAUAAAAUGAAUGAAAGUUAUCAGCAGGCGUGUAUUAAGUCAUGUAAAAAAUAUAAUAUUCUGUUUCUCAGUCAGUCCUUCAAAAAUAUCUGAUGUCUGUGGAAGUUAUAUAUAUUGUCAAUGAAUCAUUGAUUUCGCACAAAUAUCAAGCUUCUACGUUUUUCUUGUUAUGCUGUUUACAGGAAUUCACUCAUGAUACUAUUUUAUUUAGCUAAGCUCUACUGUAAGCUACCCUAAAUACACCUUUAUUUACAAGCAGUAGGCUACCAAAGCACAGGUGUUGCAGGUCUAAUGUAAAUGGUGUUCCUACCAUCUUCAUUGAUGGCUAGUUGAGUCUACUAGCCACUUCUAAACCUGUUUAGCAAAGUACUCUCACUUUACCAUGGAAGAAGAGGUUUUAAAGGUGUUAGAACUUUUGUCUAAUAUUUUAUUUUGUACAAUGUACAUUGUAAUAGGAUUCAAAAAAAUAUGUGAUGAAGCAGUAUCUGAGAAUCAGAAUAUUUAUUUUACAUGGCCUUAUUAGGAAAAUAAAGUUGGUUAUAAAAUAAAAUACUACAUAUUUUUAUAUCUGUAGCUGGCAAAAUUUGAUUCUAUGUUUUAUAGGCUUACAUAUGGUCUCUCUAAAUGUUACUUUAUAAAAUAUGUAUCUAGAUCUUCGACUGGUUGCCUUAUUAUAAAAUAUGCAACCAAUAAUAAUUCUAGUUUAUUCUUUCUGGAGUUCAGAUUAUGAUUGGAUUAUUUCACUGUUACAAAGUUCAUCUUCAUCAUUUAAUUCUGUCAUACAUUUACAGUUAGAAUGAAAAAGAUCUGUUUCUGACUUGGUACCUCGUUUCACACUGUUCCUGGCUGAAAGGAUUUUUCAAGUCCUGUUCCCACUGGCCAUGAAGCUGACAAGGACAAUUUUGCAAGUUCUGUUUGUAUGAAAAAACAAUGUCCACCCGUGUAUACUGUUAUUGAGUGCAUGUAAAAAAGUAACUAUGAAUGUUAGAAUUUGAUGAAGAGUAGCUAGGAACACCACUGUUCAAUUUUCCUCCCUGAUACAUAGCCAAUCAAACACACAGUAGACAGAAAUACACCUCCUGACGAUAUAUAAGAUACAUUAUUCAAGAGCUAAAUUUGUUUAUUGCUUUCUUUAGGCCUUAAAUGUUAUAUAAAUUAUUAAUUAGACAUUUGUUUACAUGAUAAGACCAUAAUCAACUAUCAAUGUCAUCGAAUGCUUGAGAUUUUAAUUAGAUUAGAACACUUCGGCCAUUUAAUGAUUUAAUUUAAAAAUGAAGAAGCGAGGCUAAGACUCGAAUGUACCAUUACCAUGGUUACGAUAAUAAACAAUCAAUGCAAAUAUCUUAUCAAAACUACAACAGUAAUAACUUGGCUCAGAAUAAAGUAAUUUGAAUGUAAUUUUCAAUAUAUUCAUUUUGCAUUAUCUAUUUUUGAACUAUUAUAGCAUUAACGACCAGCUCUCUAAAUUUUACCUAAUAUAUCUUUAAGAUGGUAUUAGUUAUUAUAAACCAUUAAACAUUGAGUUACUGUGGAUGUUGGUCCCAUGUUACAUGUACACAUAGGCUACAUUAAGGAUUUUUUUUAUACAAAUUUUAUUGAAGGGACAUGGCUGUAACUUUAUUUUGAGUUUGUAUGAAGGAGAAUUAGAGAUCUACAUUGUAAUACAACAUUGUGUGUGUAGGUGUCAGUUUUAAGUGUCAAACCUUGCACAAGACAACACUAGUGACAAACUGCUGUUAAUGUUAAUAUUCUUGUGAAAUUCCUAUUAUCUAUAUGGGGAAUAUAUAUGCAUAAUUUAUCUAAAUUAGUUUUAGACAUUAUUUUUUUUAAAAUCUAUCCAGAUUAUAUUAGUUGGGGUAUUGUAUUAAAUAUGUAUAUCCAACAUUACUAUUCAAUCACAAUCAAUUUUAAAAACAGGAAUCUUUCAUACCAUUGUUGGUUUUUUGCUUUUUAAUUUGGAAACUUGUAUAUAAUAGAAAGAUGCUUGUAACAUAAAUCAUGUACAUUUAUUGUGUAAUUAGAGCUCUUAUGUAUAUAAAAACUGUAUAAUUAGGUCAUUUUUAAUGAAAGAUACAUGCAAGACUGUGUAUUUUGUGUUCUUUUAAAUUUGAAUCAGUGGUAGUAAUGUUUUAAAUAUUAAAAUCAUGUUAUGUUACUUUUUACUUCUCUUUUCACAAAUUCUGUCAGCAUUUCUUCUUCUUUCAUUUUAUUUUUAUUAAAAUAAUAUUUAACCUCAGCAGAACUUCUUUUAGAUUGAAAUCAGAGAUCUUGUAUUACCAGUCUUCACUGGCUGUGAAAUUAACGAGUUGGAGAAUUUAACUGUCAGUCAAUAAAUAUAUGCCAUAAAAUUAAAAUAUCAAAGAAUUCAGCCGUAAAAAAACACAAAACAGUUAAAUUUAUAGUUUAUAUGUAUUAAAACACCUAUAAAUACAUGAAAAAUUGGAUAGUGCUCAAAAUUGUCAUAGUCGUUGGAAAAAAUAUGUGGCAAAAUUCUGAAGUAGUUCUUUCCUUAAAUCUCUUUCCAAUAAUGCAAUAUGGAUUAAAAGUUAGAGUAUAUUUUUAUUUUGGAACAAGAAAUUUUUACUUGAUUUGAGAAAUGUUAAAUACCGGUAGAUUGUCGGUAUCUCAAUACUACUGAAAGCUAACCUUUCAGUUUCACAAAUAGACAGGAAAUUGUGUCCUAAAUUUAGGGAUCUUAUGUAUUUGUUUAAUUAAUAUAACUGAAAACAAUUUCUCAGAUACACCGUAUUCUUAUCCAACAGAAAAGUAAAUUUAAAUUUUUGUCUAUGUAAAUGUUCUGAGUAAAGAUUGAUAGUAGAUAACAGUAGAUUAAAGUAUUUCAAUCACGCUUCCAAUUUAUUUUUAUGAUAUACAGCUUAUAUUGUUUUAUAUAUACCAUAAUGUAUAUUUGCUAUAUGUAUAUAGUAUAUGUCUUUCAUUCUAUGUCUUCUUAAUUUAUUCAGUCCGUAAUUGUGCAGAUUGCCUAGGCCUACAGUUAUAUUUAUCAGUUUUUGUGGCUUUAAUAGUCUGUGGUCUGUUGAACCCCAAGACAUUUGCAUAUAAACCACUUCAGAUAUUUUCUUCAAUCCGCAAACUAAUAUUUCAUGAUGUGAAACAAAUUGUAAAAUUUGUUAUAUUCUGAUGGAAAUAGAUAAUAAUUCCAGAUGUGUGCACAUAAAAGACCCCUUGACUGUUGGAAUCUGAUGAAAAUUAGAAUGAAAUAUCACUGUAAGGACAAUAUUAUACCCCCUAAUAUUUCAUGGAUGACAAAAAAAAAAUAACUAAAAGUGUUCUGAAAAUCUUUACAUUGGUAUUAGUGUGGUCCCUAUUUUAUUUUCUUGGUUCACCCUGGUCAGUAAUUGUUGUGUGUCUGGUUGAUUGUAUUUUCACUAACUUCAUGGACUGUUAUGCAGGAACUACACCUCUUGAUGAUAAUACUAGUACCCAGGGCUCACAUUUCAGCCAUAUUUUCCAGUCUUGACUGACAGUGAAAUUUGACCAUACCAUAAAAAUUGAUGUGGAAAAAGACUUUUAAACAAUUUGAGAUGAUCCUGAAAAUUGUCAUAUUAUUAAAAAAAAUAUCUUUGCUAAUUUCAGGUUAACAAAAUAUGCCGAAAAUUGACCGACUUGAAACAUUUAGAAGUGAAAUUGCUGCUUGUAGGCCAUGUCAAAUACCAUAAUACAUGUAAUACACAAGAGUUUUAACCCAAGGUGUUUAUUAUGAAGUUAUUUCAUCAUUUUGUCCGAUUUAUAAAUGUGAAUAUAUAAGUUGGAGGAUUGAAGAAGGAUAUGUUAUGUAAUAUGUAGAUUACCGGGUAUAAUAUUAUCCUCGUUUCUGUUAAUUUAAACCUAGGUUGUGUAUUUUAUUGUUUAAUAAAUUUAUUAUCAUUAAAACAA